GUGUGUUAUGCUUCACUUGUUAUGUACAUGUGGCAGUCAAUGUAUAGAGUAUAAAUUAGCCUGACCUGACUGGGUGUGUUUUACAAGCAAAGAAAACAAUGGAAAGGCUUUUGUUUCUCAGUUUUGUUACAACUGUUUCUGUCGGAGCUACAGUUGGCCAACAGGCAGGGGGUAAAGUGUUUCGCCUGAAACCAGAAAACGAGCAGGACCUGCAGUUUCUGAAGAAUGUGUCCCACACUGGAAAGGUUGAUUUUUGGCUUCCACAUUCAAUUGACCUGGUGACAACAGACAGGACCGUAGACUUCAGAGUGGGUGCUGAUUGGACCUCGCAUGUCCAGGCUGGACUGGAGAAGAUCGGAUUGAAAUAUGAUGUGUUGAUUGAGAAUGUACAGAGCCUGAUGGAGAAACAGUUUGACCGAAAUGCAACAGAUUCAACUGGCUACAAUUAUGAAGGGUAUCACCAGUGGAAUGAGAUUGAAUCCUGGAUCACUAAAAUCACCAUUAAAAACCCAAGACUAAUUUCUCGGUUUGAAAUUGGACAGAGCUAUGAGGAACGAGGAAUCUACCUCCUCCGGGUCGGCAAAAGGACAGGAUUCAUGAAACCUGCCAUCUUUAUGGACUGUGGGAUCCAUGCCAGGGAGUGGAUCUCCCCUGCAUUUUGCCAGUGGUUUGUGAAAGAGGCUGUUACAAAUUAUGGAAUUGAUUCUACAAUGACCGCUCUUCUGGAUAAACUAGAUUUCCUGAUUGUUCCUGUUAUCAACGUAGAUGGCUAUGUCUAUAGCUGGACCAAGGAUCGAUUCUGGAGGAAAACACGCUCCAAGAAUCCUGGUUCUAACUGUGUGGGCACUGAUCCAAAUCGAAACUUCGAUGUUAAAUGGUGCUCCGUUGGUGCCUCAAGGAACCCUUGUGAUGAAACUUACUGUGGGUCACAUGCAGAAUCUGAGAAGGAAGUCAAGGCUGUUGCUAACUUCAUCCGUCAAUACUAUGGCAUCAAAGCUUAUAUCACGAUCCACUCAUACUCUCAGAUGUGCCUUUUCCCCUACUCCUACACCUAUUCAUUGGCAUCCAACUACAAGGAGCUGAAUGCUCUGGCAAGAAAUGCUGUCAAGGCCUUAAGCAGUCUUCAUGGAACUCAAUACGAGUAUGGUCCUGCAUCAAUCGUAAUAUAUCCAUCUGCUGGAGGUUCCGAUGACUGGGCCUAUGAUCUAGAACAGAAAUCAAGGUCCAGCCCACAGUGCUCAGGAGAGAUCGACCUGGUAGAAGACGUUGCCUACAAACUGGAAGGAAAUUGAAAAAUUCUAGAAGUGAUUAAAGAGCUACAGCAGACCAAAAGUAUAACGUGUCCUCGAAUCCAAUAGCAUCAUAAGUAAGGUGUUUCAACUUCUAUAAUACUCAAAAGGUUUUGCUGAAUUAGAUAAGCAUUUUCUUGGCAAUUUUUCAAAGAAUAAGUUCUCAAUGAUCUGUAUUGUAAUCUGUAUUUUUUGAAUGCAUUAUUAAACAUCAGAAUCAGUAAGAUUAAAAGUA